AUGUUACUCCCUUCCAUUUCACACGAGGAAAUAGACACAACUUCUGUUCACACGAUCUACUGGCUCCACCCUUUGGUGCUGGCAGUGUUUGGGGACAUUAUGCUGGAAAGAGCUCCUGGCGUGAGAAGAUUAACACUAGCAGAUUCUGUUCCAUCUUCGCACUGUGGCUUACCUGCUGAUUUUCUUAACUGUUCUUGUGCAAUCAACAAUGUGCUAACCUGCUUUUCUCUUUUUGUAAACAUUUUGCAUUACAGGCUGCAUUUCUUGCCUUACUGUAUAGAAGAAGAAAAAAGGCUGGGUUUCUUAUUGCACAUUUUAAGCUUUUAUACCUGUAUCUUGGAAUGGUAA